GUGCAGGUGCACCAGUAUAUCUUGCCGCUGUCAUAGAAUAUCUCACUGCCGAAGUUCUCGAACUUGCCGGCAAUGCUGCGCGCGAUAAUAAAAAACAAAGAAUCAUCCCUCGACAUCUUCAAUUAGCCAUACGAAACGACGAAGAAUUGAAUAUUCUCUUAAGGAACGUCCAUAUCGCCGAGGGCGGCGUGUUACCAAACAUCCAUAUCGAACUAUUGCCCAAGAAGAAGGGCGAGAAGCCUGGUCAACCAUCUCAGCCAACUCCAAAGAAAUCUACGCCGAGCAAGGCUGGAAAGACAACCACGGCUGGAAAAACUACAACAACAGCAAAAUGA